GCGGAAGUUGAAGAAGCAACUUAGCAAAGACAAGCGACCUUGUUCAGGGCGAGCUGUUCGUAACGGUUUUAGUAGCUAACGUUACCCACCUUACAAUGCUCGCAUAUCGGACACACGCGGUGACAGCUCGGUGUUCAUAGUGUCCUUUACAACGUUCAUAUCAUGUUUUCCUUCAUCAAGGCUGCAGUCGGCGGACUAACCGGCAUCUGUCGAGCACACGGUCACCAACAAGGUCUUUUACACAGUCACUUGAAAGUUCUCGCUGCUGGCCUGAAGACACUCGACACCCCUCCAGAUUUCACUGAUGUGGUGCUGCCGGAGAAACCCAAAUUGAAGUUCAUGAACAAGGUGCCUAACUUUAAGAAAGCAAAGAAAGAGAUGAAGAAGCUUCGGGAUAUCCAAGGCCCAGCGAGGACAGCAAAUGCCUUCACUACAGGACAGUACGCGAUUGUGGCCAUGGGAGGGGGCUACCUUCAUUGGGGUCACAUAGAGAUGAUCCGUCUCACUGUCAACCGCAAGAUGGAUCCCCAGACUACCUUUGCGCGCUGGCGCAUCAAUGGCCCAUAUAAGCCCAUCACACGUAAAGGUCUGGGUCAGCGCAUGGGUGGGGGCAAGGGAGCCAUCGACCACUAUGUGACACCUGUCCGCUACGGCCGUUUAAUUGUGGAAGUGGGAGGAAAGGUGGAGCUGGGAGAGGUUCAGCAUAUCUUGAUUGAAGUGGCAAAGAAGCUCCCCUUUCCUGCCAAGGUGAUGACUAGAGAGAGCCUAGCAGCCCUGCAAAAGAAGCACAUUGACAUGGAGCAGAACAACCAGAAUCCCUGGACCUUCAAGGAGAUAGCGCGUGGCAACAUGCUGGGUAUCAGGAAGGUGCUCAGCCCCCUGGACCUGCACAACCAUGGACGCUUCACAGGCAAAUUUCACCUCCCGUGGAGGGUGUGACAGAUUUGAGGAACAGAAAUGGACAGUGUCAUACUGAAACAGCAACCAGACCACACCAAGGAAGAAGCAAAUAAACCAUAUUUGGGAAUAUACUUUCAUUUUUUAUGCAAAUGUAUUUGUGGGAUAUUUCUUUCUUAUUCUUCUUCAAUAAACAAUAAGCUACAUUAUGUAUUUCAGUAUAACAUGGUAGCUCAAGUAUCCUGA